UGCGAGAAGGAGGUCCCCCACGGCCCUUCAGGAUGAAAGCUGCGGUGCUGACCUUGGCCGUGCUCUUCCUGACGGGGAGCCAGGCUCGGCAUUUCUGGCAGCAAGAUGAACCCCCCCAGAGCCCCUGGGAUCGAGUGAAGGACCUGGCCACUGUGUACGUGGAUGUGCUUAAAGACAGCGGCAGAGACUAUGUGUCCCAGUUUGAAGGCUCCGCCUUGGGAAAACAGCUAAACCUAAAGCUCCUUGACAACUGGGACAGCGUGACCUCCACCUUCAGCAAGCUGCGCGAACAGCUCGGCCCUGUGACCCAGGAGUUCUGGGAUAACCUGGAAAAGGAGACAGAGGGCCUGAGGCAGGAGAUGAGCAAGGAUCUGGAGGAGGUGAAGGCCAAGGUGCAGCCCUACCUGGACGACUUCCAGAAGAAGUGGCAGGAGGAGAUGGAGCUCUACCGCCAGAAGGUGGAGCCGCUGCGCGCAGAGCUCCAAGAGGGCGCGCGCCAGAAGCUGCACGAGCUGCAAGAGAAGCUGAGCCCACUGGGCGAGGAGAUGCGCGACCGCGCGCGCGCCCAUGUGGACGCGCUGCGCACGCAUCUGGCCCCCUACAGCGACGAGCUGCGCCAGCGCUUGGCCGCGCGCCUUGAGGCUCUCAAGGAGAACGGCGGCGCCAGACUGGCCGAGUACCACGCCAAGGCCACCGAGCAUCUGAGCACGCUCAGCGAGAAGGCCAAGCCCGCGCUCGAGGACCUCCGCCAGGGCCUGCUGCCCGUGCUGGAGAGCUUCAAGGUCAGCUUCCUGAGCGCUCUCGAGGAGUACACUAAGAAGCUCAACACCCAGUGAGGCGCCCGCCGCCGCCCCCCUUCCCGGUGCUCAGAAUAAACGUUUCCAAAGUGGGAA